ACACACACACUCGGAUGGCUUCUCAGUUCUCACCGUUUUUAGCCCAGCUAACGCUAAGCUAACUUAGCCAAGCUAACUAGGCUAAGCUUGUUGGUUCCAUCGUAAUGAUCUUGCUUUAGUCAGUUAGCUAGCUAUAACCAGCUAACACUCUAAGCUAACCAGGCUAACGCGCUUCACGAUUUUUUUCCCCACAGUCGUUAAAACUGUUGUUUGUUUUUAUUUAUUUAUUAUUAUUUUUCUCAAAACGCGACGUCGUCAGCGAGCCUAGCCGCGGUUAACGCUAACUAGCUGACUGUUACGCUAUCGGCGCAAACAUCGAGGUCAGCGGGCUAAUCUCCCCUCAGGCUGCCGGGGUCGGUAGCAUGUCGGAUGAGGAUUCGCGUGCCAGCUCCAGCUCCUCUUCAUCCUCCUCCUCCUCCUCAGCUGCUCACCAGCAAGCGGAGAAAGACACACCUAGCAAGAAGCGAGAGAGCAAAGCCAACAUGAGCAAGACCUCCAAACUCCUCUCCACCAGCGCCAAGAGAAUUCAGAAGGAAUUGGCUGAUAUCAUGUUGGAUCCUCCACCAAAUUGCAGUGCUGGUCCAAAAGGAGAUAACAUCUACGAGUGGAGAUCCACCAUCCUGGGUCCUCCAGGCUCUGUGUACGAGGGAGGAGUCUUCUUCCUCGACAUCGCCUUCACUCCAGACUACCCCUUCAAACCCCCCAAGGUGACGUUCCGUACGAGAAUCUACCACUGCAACAUCAACAGUCAGGGCGUGAUCUGUCUGGACAUCCUGAAGGACAACUGGAGCCCCGCCCUCACCAUCUCCAAGGUCCUGCUGUCCAUCUGCUCCCUGCUGACAGACUGCAACCCUGCCGACCCUCUGGUGGGAAGCAUCGCCACGCAGUACACAACCAACAGACCGGAGCACGACAGAAUAGCCAAACAGUGGACCAAGCGCUACGCCACAUAAUCACCUGCAGGGAGGACGGAGAGCUGCUGGUUGGGGCGAGUGGGGUGGGGGUUUAACGGGGUUUAGGGGAGGGGUUGGGGGAGUUGUGAGGGUGGGAGUGGGGAGGAGGAUGUAUAUGAAUGGUGGGGGGGGGGUUGGCGGGGGGUAACGGGAUUCAGCCGUGGGAUAAUAGAGAGCAGGGAGGAUUUUUAUGGUGGGAUUUAAAGUCUUCUUCUUCUUUUUUCCUGAUAUUGUCAUUAUUACGUGUGACCUUUUUCUUUUUCUCUUGACCCGUGUAGAAUCAUGAUUUGGCAAUAAUGGAUCUUAAUGUGUCUUCCUUUAUGUUCUGCUCUUGUAAAUUGAUUUUAGUUAGUGCUUCAAAAGGACCUUCAUUUAUAAACCCUGAUUGCUUGUAAAAUGAAAUCACAGCAUGACCCUCUGGUACCAUGUCUGACUGUAAUGUAUUUCCCUUCUGCUAUUAAAGUUACAUUGGAUGUA